AAGAAGAAAACAACACGUCAUCUUGCCUGUAGCUAGCUCCCCGUCGGCAGUGGGGAACGCGCCAUAGAAAGGGAGCCGUCUUGUUUAGACACAGAUAGUUGACAGCCAGAAGUUCCCACAUGUUGUUGACCUGAUAGCGUUAGCUCUCUAAUACGGAACACAGGGUUGUACGACACUGAUAGUGUCUGCCGAGAGUCUGUCAUGGACGAUGAAAUAGAGAUUUUAGAUGUCGAUGACAACAACACUCCAGUUCGAGCUCCCCUCAAAAACCAGGACCUGAGUUCGCUGGCCCUCACUGCUGGAGAGAUUCUGUCUCUAUAUGGCUGGCACCUGCUGGUGGCAACCUUCAUGGUCUACCUGCUCAUCCAGCACCUGUGGAAGAGGAGAUCCAGCCAGAGGAGCACCUCUCCACCACCACAGCAAGAUGCUGCCGCAGUGGCAAAAAGACAAGAGGCCAUGGAAGCAGCUCGGAGGAAGAUGCAGGAGGACCUCGAUGCCAAAGCCGCCAUCUUCAGGGAGAAACAGAAGCAGCAAGAAGAAGAGAAAAGAAAGCAGAAGAUAGAGGUCUGGGAGAAUAUUCAGCAGGGAAAGAGUAGCAAAGGAACAACGAGACACGCUCAGAGCUCUGAGGAGGCCAGCUCAUCCCAGUCGGCGCUAAAACCAAAGACGGACAAGAAGCCACUUCGGAGUGCAGACUACAACCCACUAGCUGGACAGGGAGGAGGCACUUGCUCCUGGAGACCGGGAAGAAAAGGGCCGUCCUCUGGUGGAUGAGGUUAAAGUUCGAGGCCCCGGUCCGUGGGACCUGGGACCUCCUACACUGAUGUGCACACUGGCUGGAUGAACCAAGCUGACGAUGACACCACGCCCCCACUUUCACGUAUUCCUCCUUCAUGCUACACUCCUUUGCAAUAUCAGCUCCAUUUCAAAUGAAAACAUUCUAAAAUGCACUUUGUUUCCUACGUCAAAUAAAUUAAAUGGACUACUUUACAGAGGUUAGGCUGAAAAUGCAGAUACUGGAGCAGGUAUUGGAUGCUGCAACCGAUCCCUUCCCAUACAAAUACGAUUUGGAGAUUAUUUGAAAGUCAAAAGCAAACUGAGUGGGUUCAUGGUUUCCAGUUACUAAAAAUAUAACCUUUCAUGUGUUCUGUGACUGCAGCCUGAACUCACCAAGAAAAUGGAAAUUAGUCAGCACACAUGCGGAAGUCGUUCAGAAAGUAUAAGUCAUGAUGUCAACGCUCACAAUCUAGACCAAUCACAACCAGAGCAGCUGCCCUGAAAUCGGGCUUUGCCUCGUCCGGACGAGCUGUUAAAAAAAAAUGGACCAACCCUCAGACUGUGCAUAGCGACAUCUGAGUUUUUGAGGUAAAAAAAAAGGUCUAUUUUCCACAGCAAGACCGAACGUCAGUCUCAAAGAGCAGCGUGAUGAAUACGAGGAGAGCCCUGUUUAGCCAAAAGGCUGCCAGAGUGAUUGGUUUGGCACAGAUGGGGAUUUUGGUGCUUAGAGCACCAAGAAGGAGGGAUCACAACCCAACUGACUGCUAGUCAGUAGAAAUAUUUCUUGUCAUGCAGCCUAAAUGUAAUUGCAAAAUUAUACAAGACGUUCCAGAGGGAAUUCGGGACAUGCUGCACAUAAAACAUUAAAGGUCCAGCUGGAAUGAGGUUGAAAAAGGUUAGCUUUAGCAUGGGGCCACUGAUAUGAGAGGAGUGUCUGGUGUGGGAUAUUUCUUUACACCUUUCUUGAUGAGUUGACAUUUGCCAUCCAGUCUAAUUUCCUUUAUUUACCAUCCACACCUUUUCUGCUUGUUAGGUUUUUUUGGGAGUGAAUGUGUGUUAUUGAAAGCUUGUCAUGAAGCCAUUCCUGUAAAUGGUUUUUUAACCGGUGGGUUUGGCCGAUGUACGUCCAAGCCAGUGUGUUUUUAUCUUCUUUUCUUCUGUUCAUGGCUAUAUAAAUCUGUAGGAUUAGUUCCUAUCGCAGCAGCAGUGCUAGUAGGUGACAUUCAAUGUUAAGAAAUGCUAUGCUCUGAUUAUAAAGCCAAAAUGGUUUCGAUGGGCUUAUAUGUUGUUAUGCUCGUUUCAUUUUCACGCAAUAAAGACUUGUUUUAACUUGUCCAGAUGCUUGUGUUGCUUUAGGAAGUCUUGACAGCUAAGAUCAGCUGACCUUUAUGCAAAUUGAUCAGCAAAAAAACAAAAAGGCCUGUUUUACUGUAAAGCAGUGUUUCACAACCCGGGUCCCUAAGGACCCAGGUCCUUUAACACAUCUGAUUCAUGCCACCAUGCCAUUAUCAGGCUUGUGCGGAGCCUUUGAACGGAUUCACUUCUUCACAAUCAACCCUCUUUGAAGAAAACAUUGUAUCCUGACAUUUUGAGACUUACAUCUUUACCCCUCAAUUCAUUCUGUUGUCGGUAGCUAAAAUCAGUCCUAAUCUGAAAUGUGGUGGUUAUCUGAUUAGAGAUUUGUGGGUCAAAGCGAGGUUAAUAAUAGUUUAGGGAAUUAGUAAACACUUUGAGUGUGAAACAUUUAAUUUUCUUUGUGACAACUGGACUAAAAACUUGCUCUGUGUAUUCAGAGUUUCAGGUUUGUCAUUCUAAUGUUCCAACCCUUCUCCACGUUCAUUGUAUAGCAGAUAUGACAAUAAAGGUUCUGCAUUCUUUUCUGCCUCAUCUAUAGACAGGACCACUGUUUCUGAACCUUUUAUCAAAAUGAUUGUAUUCAGAAAAAAUCUUAUUGAAACAUGUCUUCAUUCAAGCCUUUUAAUCUGAGUUGCUGCAAAUUUGAACAAUGGGAGGAUGUCUGAAUGCAUCGGCUAUCUGUGUUUCUAAUAUUGGUUGAUGAUAGCUUUAUUAUUAUCGAACACGUAUAUCUGUUCCCUGGACUUAAUUGAUUCUUAAAUUCAUUUAAAGAACUGCUCUAUGAUUUUCUUCUUCAUAGCCCCAGCACAAAUUAGACUUUUAUCAGUAAAAGUACUGGAUCAGUACAGAAAUGUCAUGUUUCUGAAAUAAUGAAUAAGUCAGGAUGAGCUUUUCAUUAUAGAAUAGCCAAAACUGAGACAAAGGGAAGGAGUAGUUAUGAAGCAUGUCCAGAGGAAAAUAUCAAUUGGUCACAAAUGUGAUCAGAUCAUCUUAAUCAAGGCUUUGGUUUUUUUUUUUAAAUAAACUUUUCUUGAUCUUAGAUCCAUUGAAAGCUAAUUGUGACCGGAAGUGGCAGAGACGAGCUGGUUUUUCUUUAGUUUUUUUCCUAGCAAAAUCAAAAUGUUUGUGCGGUUAUCAGCCAAGGUGACUGGAGUACAUAUCACCAUCUAAUUUUCCAAAGAACACAUUCAACCUGUUGCUGACAGUCUCCUUUAACUUGUGUUCUUUCCUAUAAAAAAGUUUGCAUCUACUGUGGCAUUAGACAGUUUGUCAAAACAUAAAGGUAAUAAGACGUUUUUAAUAAUACAUUUGUAUAAUCAUUUGUAUUGUGCUAUUUCCAUAAUACCUUUAUCCAAAGUAAAAA